UCCCUGAUCCCUCCACCACGAGUGGAGUCCACCGCCGCGGUUCAAAACCUGUCGGUCUGCAUUCCAGUGUCGCCGCCGGUGAACGCCGAGCAGCAGCCGCCAAGAGCGGUAAGCGUGGUUUCGGUCUCGUCCGUUUCGUCGUCAAGCGCGUCCCGUUCCGUUUUGCCAACGCGUUUUUGAUCGCUGCCUUGGCGUCACGUUUGUUGAAUUCACGCCAACUGCGCGAACAUGAAAUAGACGAGGGUGAACCGGGUCGUCGCGCACGCGGAGGAAGCGGGAAAGCAACGUCCCGUGAAAGAGGAAUACUCCAGAAAGAAGUACGCUAGUCUGCACCGGCCACGUCUCUGUAGUCUGUGGUGCAUCUAUCCAGAAUUACAUCUCGUGAGUCGGCGAGCGACGCGCGGGGCGCGAGAAUAUCCUCUCUUUCGGCGUCGACUUCGGUCGGCGUGCGGCCGGAUUGAGAAAAAGGACGGAUGAUCUCGACUCCGGUGCGGAUCGAUCGAUCGCGCGAUCGUGAACCCGGUCGGUCCUCCGCUCGAAACCGCUCGCGUCCGAUCGUUUUGAUCGCUCCGUAUCCGGAAAGGGACCACCAACACCGGAUCACCACGCUCGGAGAUUUCCGUUUCCACGGGAGAGAAUUAUACAGCCCGGACACCAGAUCCGGAUCUUCCCGUCCGCAUUGCAUUACGCUCUCGGUAUUUAGAGUGGGUACACACGCUCGUUCUAUUUGCAUUGACUACAUGCGAGACGAGGUGCGCAACCUCGGAGGGAGAAGGAGAAAAGAAGCGAAGAGAAGUGUGGAAGAGAUACGGUUGGGAGAGACGGGCCCUGAGAGCGUUUUCUUCCGCGUCGAAUUAACUUCAUUCGCACAUAUUGUUUAGUCUCCUUCUAUAAGACCCGGUUUCACCAAUCCUCUCCGAGCUUGGAGCAAGAUUUGCGCAUAUCGAAAGAGCGAAGAAAGAAGGAAGGGAAAAAAAAGAGAGAAACAGGUGCCGAGGAAACGCAGAUAGGAAGUGUGUAAAAGAGAUCCGACGAAACAAGUGUAUUCAGGCGUUGUAGGAUGAAGGGGAAUCAAGAUAUCACGCAGGAGAGUACGGGAGUAACUGAAAGGAAGACCUCUCAUUCGUUAUCAUCUGGCUCUGCCAGCGUACAGCAUUCGCUCCGAAACAUCCCUCGGCGUCCUUUCUUUUUAUUCUUAUUAAUCUCACCUGUUUUCGACGGCGAUUCUCGCCGUCUUCUCUCGAUUCCAUUAAGUGCACUGCGAAACAAAUGAGGGACGUGGAGAUGAAAUUCGGAUUCGCCAACUUUAUCGUAAACUCGUUCUCUCUCGCUCGACCGCGCAUCGUUCUCAGGUAAAAAUGCAAAGUCAACACUUUUUGAUCGGAUGAUUGUUGAAUCGAAAGAUCCACGAGUGUUAUGGGAGAUACGAUCUGUCUGAAUCAGCACGAGCUAGAAGCUCUAUCAACUUCUUCGAAAAUCUUGGAGAAACAAUGUGUCAAGAUGACAUCUAUCUCCUAUUUAUGUGGCAUCAUUAUCCUGCUUUACAGUCCGAUCGCAUAUACAUGCGAGAACGACAAGAUUCCUGAGAUGAAUAUGUCCUUUACUCGACACCCUCAACCUCUAGCAGUUCCGUUAUAUGAUGACGUAAACUUUGAGUGUAGUCUCAACAUCCCCGCGGAGCGUUUCGCUUGGCAUCACAGGCCUCUGGGUUCAAACAAAUGGACACUAUCGUCUGAUACCUAUAGCAAUACUGGUGGUAAAACAUCUCGGCUCAUUGUUUCCUUUGAUAACGUAUUAAAGGCCGGAGAUUACCGUUGUAUUGCGUUCUUUGGUAGCAGUGGAUUAGUGUCGGAUCCAGCGAGACUAACGCUCGCGACGAUACAGGAGUUCUCCGAUAAAAACGAUGUCUAUAUCGAGGUGGCGGAGGGUAACACCGUGCCUAUUACAUGUCCUGUACCAUAUUCCGAACCGGAAGCCAUAGUACAAUUUUACAAAAACGACAUGCUCAUCAAGGAUGCAAAUUUAGUGAAUGGCAAAACCAUGGUCAUCAAGGAUGUCAGAUUGGCGGACAGUGGAUCAUACUACUGUAGCGUUAACAAUUACAUAACGACAGUAACAUUGACGAGCAAUCAUAAGAUCAUCUUGACGGUACACGCGAACUUGACUUUCCAACCGCCGUAUCUUACCAAGCUAUCGCAAACGGAAUAUGUAGUUACGCGUGGUAAAAACGUAACGCUGGAGUGUUUCGGCGCUGGUUACCCUGUGCCACACGUUACCUGGAGUCGCCUAGGCGGUUCUUUACCAUCGAAGUCUGUGAAAUCGUCCAGCGGUUUGACAUUGGUCCAUGUUCAACCAUCCGAUCGCGGGGAAUAUGAUUGUGUGUGGAGCUAUGAUGUCCGACAGAUAAAAUCGGCGAUCAUUUUAAGAGUGGUGGAACCACCGAGGGUCACGAGACAGCCAAGCGCGUGCAAAUUCCACGAAGGCGGAAAAUUGCAGCUCUCGUGUAACGUAACAGGCGAGCCGCAACCAAUCGUCGAAUGGCUUAUCAACGGAGAGUCCUUGAUGCCUAGUGAGACACAGGAGAUGACAGCCUCUACUCUUCUUAUAUCUGAGGUCGAGAAGAAGCACGCCGGGAUCGUUCAGUGCGUCGCCAGCAAUGACUACGGAUCGCAUUCAGGAUACAACCUGUUGCAAGUUCAACCACAAGAGCAUAUUGUCGGCGGCAAGGCCGAAUCGAAACCGAACUACGGGACUGUGUCAAGACAUAAGCAUACUAGGGGCGGUGGUAGACGUAACAAAAAUAAAGAAGCAAAGAAAAAGGGAGACGGAGCAGAAAUCGAGUUGAAUCCUCCCGAUGUGCCCAUCAUCACGAGAUUGUCUGAUAUCUCCGUUAUGGUGCGAUGGACAGUACCGAAGAACACGGGCCUGCCAAUACAAUUUUUCAAAGUUCAGUAUCGAGAAAUAGGCUCGAAGAUAAGUGGUAAACAGACGAAGUGGAUGACUGCCAACUCUGAGAUACCGAAUCAUGUGCGGUCCUUCGAAGUGACCGACUUGCAGACUGAACAUACCUAUCGAUUUAGAAUCGCUGCGGUAUACUCAAAUAACGACAACAAGUUGAGUAAGAAUUCCGUACGUUUUCAUCUCCAUAGAGAUACCGGUAUUGAGAGCACUAAAAUGCCAAUACCUCUAUUGACUAGAAUUGAAGCGUUAGGGCCACAUGAGAUGUUGUUGCUUUGGCAGAAUCCCAACAGAUCAGCAAAAAUCGAUGGGUUUUAUAUAUAUCAUCGGGCUUCCACCUCAGCCGGUGAAUAUUUGAAAACCACUGUCGAGGGAAAGGAUGCUUCCAACAUGACCAUUUCUCACUUACUACCCGAUACUCCAUAUGAAUUCAAAAUUCAAAGCUUUUCUGUAGAUGCGGCAUCGGAAUUUUCUCAAAUAUUGCGACAUAAAACUGAAAAACUCGUUGUUGAGCAUCCAGUUCAGCAAGUCGUGGCGGAAAAUAAAUUGAGACCGAACGAGAAUAACAAGAAUGUUAGUAUACACGCCAUAAUCGGUGGAGUAUUUGGAGCAUCGGUCAUUCUGGUCGCUCUCGCUUUCGCAGCGAGAUUCCUGUACAAAAGAGCCAAGUAUAAGCAAAGUCAGGAAUCGCAAAGUGAAGCAGGUAAACCAAUAACAAAUGGACGAGUAAUAAACGGUGGAGUCACAGACUCCAAGAUUAACAUUACAUCCAAUCCGCUUGCCGGCCUCGACACAUCCGAAGAUAUAAUGCAGCCUAAGAGCGGACAACAAUCAUCGAUGGAAAUGACGUCGUUUCUAAACGGCCAAAACAACAAUGGCAGCAACAACGGCCAUAACAACGGCGACGCAGCUGGGUCUGACGUAAACGUCACGUCACAUAGCGAGCCGUCGUCUCUACGUCAAGGGCCGCUACCUAUCGAACAACGUUUGUGAGAAUGAUUGCAGCUAUAUCUCUGUUUUAUAGACGGUAAGACCCGACCUGACCCGCAUCCUCGAAGACGGACGUUUACACCGUUGAUCGAACCCACGAAUAUAUUAAUGAAUUUUAUUUCGCGGGAAGAAACGUAAGGACUUGUCGAUACGUUAUCUCAUUGAAAAAUAUAACUUAUAGACUGUAUUAACGUUCAGCUAUUAUCGCAACGAUGAGACUGUUGCAAGACAUUUACAGGGUGUCUUAAGUAGAUAUGCUCAAAUGUAUUCGCUACUGUAGAUUGGGAUUUAUUUCACGCAACUUGCAUGGGAAAAGAUCUGCGACGUCGUAGAUUUCUCGGCAAGUAUGAUGUAUUUUUUAUAUUCAAUAUAACUCAAUGUAAUGAUUAUCGAAUAUAGUAUUAUAUAUAAACAGAUACUUCUUUUCAAGUCUUCUGUUUAUCGAUACGAAGAUAGUAUUUCAGAAAUAGUCCCAUUUUAUAGUGCAUCGUUAGAAAGUAAAAAUGAUCUGUCUGCAUCCUAUAACAUAUUCUUUAUCUUUCUCUUUCUUUUUAUAAGAAUUUUAUUGAUACCCUUGUCCGUGAGUGAAGAUGUGAAAUUAAAUUAAUGUACCUGCGAAGUAACUGACUUAACUGUUACACAUCUACUUGACGAUCGUGAACUAGUGAGCGUUGACUAAUAUUGUUUAGUAAUUUUUUUUAUCCCUUUUUGUGGUUUCUAUCCCUUUACACACUUUCAUAAGCGAAUUAUAUUUUUUAAAAAUUUUGUACUAAAAGUUUAUGUAUUUCUAACACCCGGUUGUACCAACGUUACUUUUGAUUUUAAGCGAAAUUUAAAACUUUCUCUAUCUCAUUUUAAAACCGAAAAGAGACAGGAACAAAGAGACUUUUAAGCCUCGUUUAAAAUUAAAGUAAUGUUGGUGCAACUGGGCCUUAAGUACAUAAUUUAAAGAUACACAAUACGUAUAGUUACAUUAACUAUUCGCGAAUGUUGAAAAUAAGGUAGUGUUAUUUUACGAAUAGAGACUUACUAGUAAUAUCCUUUUUUAUAAAAUAAUUAAGGCGUAAUGUGGUUUUUUGAGUCAUAUAUUGUUAACAUUAUCUUGGUGUGUAUGCCUGUUAUUUUUAUAAGUGUUUUCCUAGCUGCAAAAGAAAGAUCAAAUAAUUUACUUUUACUAUUAUAUGUUAUUCAUGAUCAAUGCAAUAUUAUACGUCAUGAUAUCUCUGACGGUGAUUUGUUAUCAAAAUUGUAUAUGUAUAUAAAACGUUAUUUUGAGAAAAACCGUUAUAAUAUAUGGUGAGCAGGAAAAGAAUAUGAUAAAAUUAUAUUUUGAUAAUUAAUAUUAGUGUAUGGCAGCAAAAGACAAAAAUUGUA